CCGGGGCCUCCGGAGGCUGAGGGAGGACGGCCCUCGAGCCGUGUCCGCCCUCUGCCAGCGGCCCCUCCUGAGCAUCAGCAGGAGGCUCUGGGCUGGGCCGGGGCGCUCUUCGGGUAGGCCCAGAUUAAGAUGGGAAGCCGGCCGGGACCGUGUCAUCGGGGUCACUUGGAGGCCAGUCCCGGGUGCUACUGGCCCGAGAGGUCGCCGCAGCCCCCGCCUGCCCUUGAGUGCCCUUAUUCCUCCGGGCGGAGGUACUGGGUUCGGACUCUGCCCCGGGCACUGACACACCCGCCCCCCCCACCCCCCACCCCGGCUUCGUCUCGACACACUUCCUCUUCCCUACUCGGGCUCCGGGAAGUUAGGUGUGCCCUAGACAGCCUUCCUAGCAGCUGGGCGGACCCCGGCUCUCCCUUCUAGUCCUGAAGGGUAUACCUCCAUGUGUGGGAAGGGCCAGGCAGCCCUGAUCAGAGCAGCUCUUGGGGUCCCUGAGUGCACUGGGUUUGUGACCAGAUUGCAGGCACCAGGACACCAACAGCAGCUGUGACACCAGGCCUGGGUGCUUGAGACCCUGCGACUCAGCACCAGUGGUGUCAUGUGGGGGAACCUGGGGCUCUUCUGGGCAUAGAAUCGGCACUUGUCAGCCUUCCCAAGGAACCCUCUUUUGGGGUCCCUGUGCCUCCCUUUGCCCAGAUCUGGAGGGCUGGGGGAGGUGUAGGGAAUGCCCCAGUACUCGCACCAGCAGUGUUGGGUUGGGGAGGAGAGGUGGAGGUAACUCUACCCUUCCAGGUCUGUGACUUUCACGGUGUGAGGAGGGCUGAGAGCAAUAGUGUUUCCCUGGUCUGAAGAGAAAGUAUGCAGAGAGAGAUCCUGGGGGAGCUGGGGGCCUGUGGUGUGCACACUGGGGAUCAACCUGCCUGUCUUACUCGUGGAUCUUCCCUUCCUUCUCUGCAUGUGAGACUCCAGCUGCUCUCUGCAUCUGCGUGCAGUUUCGACCCUCUCACCCUGGGCCAAUGGCCCAUGGGAGCCAGGCUCAAAGUGCAACUGGCUGGACUCAGGGACUGCUUGAUUUCAGUGGUGACAGUGCCUUGGGCCUCCCUGGCAGCAGGCUCUGGGAGUAGAAAGUGGCCAGAGACACGGGGUCCUCUCGUCCUGUACCCAUUCAGGUGGUGCGGCCCCAAUGUAGGGAAAGACCAGCAUCUCUGCACCACUUCACCCCAGAGGCCAGCCUCAGUCUGGUUGGUUUUUGUGACAGUAAUGUUUGUAUAUCAGGCCUGUGCCCUGGACCAGUGCCCUUACAGCCCGGUUUCACAGAUGAAGAGACUGAGGCUGCCCAGGCUCUGUAGCAUUCUGGUCCCUUGCUGACUGUUUAUAUACGUGGCAGUUGUAAAAAGGGAUCCCGGUGUCCUAAAGAUCCUUGAAAACCACGGAUGUUGUUCAUCAGCCCGAACUGGUCAGUGGAGAACCUGCAGGGGAAGUGGCCACCAGCUGGCCUGUGGCAGGACACCUGUGCUGCCACACUAGGUUCUUAUUGAUGUGUGUGGGACAGUGUCAGAGAGGCCAUCAACGACAUGAUUAGCUGGGAACAAUUUGGGCUCUCUGGGAAGCACAGCUACAGAAACCCAGGAAAUUGAGUGACCUGUCUACACUCGUCCUGGCCCGUGAGGCCUGGGUGGGGCGUGGGCAGUGGGCAGAGGCAGGGAGGAAGGAUAUGCUCCUCCGGCCCUCGGGCUCCUAACCCGCGCCUCCCAAUAUGUCCCUUGGUCCUGGCUGGCACCCACAGGAGCAUCUGGACACCCAAGGUGCGGUCAUGUUACUCUGAUUUAACAUGCUCAAUGCCUUCCUGCUGCCCCUGGCUCAGUCUAAACCCCCACUGGACACAGCUACCUGCAGUUCAGCUGCCCUUCCUGCGGUGCCUCAGUUCACUGGGACCCGUGUGACCUUCUGCCCUGCCCAGGAUCCUGGCUCUGAGGUGUCCCCACAGGACUCCCCGGCUCCCCCUGCAGACUCUGUCCCUCUGUGGGAUUGCUGCAGCCCUCACACAUGAUGCAUCCUAUGUGACGGGGCCUCUUGUUGCCCCACUAGGCGUGAGCAGUGGGGGCAGACCUCGUGUCCAGCACCACCUGGCCGAGUAGGUAGGCAGUGAGUGACUGUGCUUCUGCAUCGGGCAGCUCUGAGCUGCGCCGUCCUGAAGCCCUGGGCUCUUUAGUGCUAACUGAGGCUUGCUUUUGAGUUUGGGUAGAGGCAGUCGGGCAGCCCUUCUGAAUCAUCACCACUCUAGAAGGGGCUGGAUGGAGGCCCUGUGGAGAGCAGUGGAUCUGAGGCAUCUACGCCAGGGCUCUGGAUGGCUGCACGGGCCACAAGGUCUGGGCCUGCUACUGGGCCAGCAGUGUGGCACUUUGGGAGCAAGGACCUCCUCUGUGUAGCAGUGUCCCCCACACUGGGUCUGCAGCACAAUGGAUUGCUUUUAUAUGGCUUUUCUCACUUUGGUCUUGUAACUCCCACUCAAGUGAUUGGGUGGGACUAUGCAAAUAAGGUAAUUGUGGCCCACCAAGGGAAUUAGAUAGCUUGCUAAUAGUGCAAAUAAAGCUCAUAGCACCCAUGUAGGGAUGGGGCUAUGCAAAUAAGGUCUGUGGAAACAAAAGGAUUAGUCAGUUUUGCCAUCCCACUAGGCUUAAAAUGACUCCUCCCAGAAGCAGAAAGAGAGGCUUUCACCACCAAAGAAAGAAGAGCCAGGAGUGGAGUUCCUCUUUUGGACCUGGGAUCCUUGCACUGAGAAGCUCCUGGAACCAGGAGAGAGAGAGAGUUGUAACACUGAAGACGGUGAGAAGCAGUGGCUUUGCAUUGCGUGCUGAAGGACUCGUGGGGGCCAGUGGUGUGACUGUCCCUCCUGUGAGCACUUGUCCAGGGCGUCAGUGCACCCACUGACGUGCUGCUUCCUAGGGCCACAUGAGUCUGCAUCUCCCUCUGCUUCCUGUCCACAAGCAUAGCCCCGCACCUUCCUCCAUGGUCCCACUACUCUCUUGUGGCCUGGACGGGUUGGGAGUAUCAGAGGGAAACAAGUCACAGGCAUCUGUCUGUGAUGGCAGACAGUCACUGCAGCGUCUGCGCACCUGGUCUUGGCUGCUACAGAGGGGCUCCCCUUGCUGCUGUUUUGGUCUUGGUCCUUUAGUUCCUUUGGAAUUAAACUCGACCAGGGUGAGCUGUUGAGCUUCUGCACCUUGGCUGACACCAUCAUUGAAGAGGCAGCCGUAGGGGGGCACCAGGCUCAUGGGGGUGCCCAGAGGCCUUGGAGGCCAGAGCCAUACAGGCUCCAGACUGCCCUCUGACCCUCUUUGGGGUGAGCUGGAGGCAUGAGAUGCUCCUGGUGCCCCAUGACACCUGGUCUGCUCCCAGCAAGCCCUGGGAAUCACAUGUGAACUAGGUAGACCAGAUACACAGAAUCGCCAGAAACGAGGGCUGGGUGCCUUGCCUCCUUCCCUGUAAAGACAGCAGACAGCACUGGGUAAGAUGCUGAACCCUGAGCUGAAUAGAGACUCAAAUCAAGGGUCGUCCCUUUGUUCCUCCCUGAUGAUGCGGGUAUGUGGUCCUCCGAGGUGCACUCACACGUGGACAGCAUAUACAAGGAAUGCACAGGCACUGACCUCAGAGAUAGCAGCCCCUCCCUUCCUCAUUCCACCUCGUCUCCCCCCUCUUUUUCUCCUCUCUCCCCUCCCCCUGGCCCUUUGGAACUAAACUGGUACAGGCAGGAGUUUGAUUUCCUCCAGGUGGUUUCUUCUGGAGGUAGCCAGGGUUCCAGGUGGAGCUGUGGCAACACAGGGCUGUCUAUCUGCAUGGACCCUUAGCUCUGCAACAGGACCUGGCAACCACCCAGUCAGUGGGUGUAGUUGUGGGCACAGUGGGUAGCCAGCUUAGUGUUCCUGAACUGUGUUCCAGCCUCAGUGCAGGGAGGUUGGGCUAGCAGUUGGUAUCACUGUACUGGGAAACGUGUCAUCACAGCCCAUGGGAGCCACUGCCCUGGGGCCCUGCCACACUGAGACUUGCCCCCCACCCCUCCCGCCCCAUUUUCUGAGGGUAACAUCACACGGCCCUGGCUUGGGGCCUGCCUCUGGGCUGCCAUUGCUCCUGUCCCUUCUUGCAGUGACAUGUGGUUGUGCCUUGAGGGCGUUGGGGGUUACAGUGCCAGGGAAGCCCUGAUGAUGACUCUCAGCCCUUCUGUGGCUUCUUCACCCUGUACAGAGGUGGCCCGGCAGCCCCACUGGCCUCAUGGGCUCCUGGUGCCCUGGCAGGGCCUGAUGGCCACGAGGCCCUCUGGGAGCUUGGAGGGCAAGGCUGGAAAGCGGAGGGGAUUUGCUCACAGCCCACCUACCCCAAGUGCUUGGCCAACCACAUGGAGUCUGCCCUCAGUGGCCUACACAGGCACCCACCAAAGCCCAGUGGGGUCCUCAGAGCAGUGGGGUUGUCAAGGUUGGGGAAGGGCUGGGGGCUGGGCGCCUGGGCCCUAUGAGUCAGUAUUGUUACUGGGGCCCCAGUGUGGUUCUGAGGAGGGUUUGCCCCACCCAGGCUGCGUUUCCUCAUCUGGCUGUCAGUCCUGCUGGCCUCUGAGCACAAGCCUCACUAAUUAGCACCUUCUUGGCCUAAUUAGUGCACCUGGGCAGCCCCCCUCGUUCUCACCUGCCUAGAUCCAGGCCACCAGCCAUAUAAGAACGAGGGCAGUGGUUCCAGAAUGAGGGCAGGGAGGAACCUGGUCAGAGGAGCUGCCUGAGGCACAGCCUUGGAGGUCCACUGUGGGGCCGUCCCUUCCCCUGGACAGAGGACCUAGGGCUGAGUCAGCAGGACAGGUCCCACGGGCAGGGGUCUCUGCCGCCCCCCCCCACCCCAUUGAGUUCUGGCUGAGGGCCAGCUUCUGCCAGAGGUGGGUCCAGGCUGCUCUCGCUUCCCUGCCGCUGAGUGUUGUUCCUAAGAAGCAGCAGCCAGAGCAUGAGCUCUUUCUUGCCAGCAGGGCUUUGACGGCUUCUCCAAGUGCCUGGAAUGAGCCAGUGGGUAGUGGAGUCUGAGGGCUACUCAGCAAAUGAACAGAUGAAUGAACAAGUGGACAAAUGAAUGAAUGAGUGAAUGAAUGAACAGUAGAGUGGUUGAAUGAACAAAUGAGUGGGUGAACCAAUGAGUAAAUAAACGAGAGGCUAAAGGAACAUGUGAAUGAAUGAUUGACAGUUGAAUGAAUGAGUGUGUGAACUGGUGUGGGUAGGAGGGACUAGCCAUCUCCCUGGCACCCCACCUGCCGUUUGAGAGCUGAAGGAGCAGCAGAGGUGGGCGUGUGGAUGGUCAGGAGGGAGCGUGCUGUGUGUGCUGGCUGGCCAGCUGCGAUUAGUCGAUUAGUCCGCACUGUGCAUGGCCCUGCACUGCUCAGCGCACACGCCCCAGCCUCAUGGCUGGUCCAGAUAGAGCUAAUCCAUGAGGCCCAAGCACCAAGACCAGAGUGAACGCUGAGCAUCUCCUCAAUGCUUCUGUAUCGAUUAUUUGGUGACAAGGUGAUGAUUUGGGUGUGUCAGUUUACAUAAAACGCAUUACCAAAAUUCUGUGUUUAUCACGUGGCUGCUAGAAAGUUAAGAUGGUAUCUGUGGUACGCAUUAUGUUUUUAUCGGGCAGCCUUGGUCUGGAGCUGGAGUCAGCAAGCUCCCCGUAAAGGAUUGGGGUCAGUAUGUCCGGCUUUGUGGGUCCAGCAUCAGUGCCAUUGUGUUACUCAUCUAGUGCUGCCCUAACAGAAAUACCACAAGUGGAUGGCUUUACCAAAGAAAAAUUUAUUUUCUUACAGCCUAGUAGGUUACAAGUCCAAAUUCAGGGUGUCAGCUCCAGGGGAAGGCUUUCUGUCUCUGUCAGCUCUGGAGGAAGAUUCCUUGUCUUCAAUCUUCCCCUAGUCGAGGAGCUCCUUAGGUGCAGGGACCCUGGGUCCAAAGGAUGUGCUUUGCUCCUGAUGAUGCUUUCUUGGUGUUAUGAGGUCCCCAACUCUCUGCUUGAUUACCUCUCCUUUUAUCUCUUGAGAGAUAAAAAGUGGUGCAGGCCACAGCCCGGGGAAACUUCCUUUACCUUGGAUCAGGGAGGGGACCUGAGUAAGGGUGGGGUUACAAUUCCACUCUGAUUCUUUUAAUAUAAAAUUACAGUUGGAAAAUGGAGGACAACCACACAUGGCUUGACCAAGUUGAUACACAGAUUUUGGGGAGGACAUAAUUCAUGACAGCCGUUGUAACAUGGCUUGCAGCUUCUGUGGGAAGACCCCUCAGCCAGCGCAGAAACAAGGGGUGGGCCUGGGCUAUGUGGCCAAGAGCUGAACUUCUCGUGGGCUCACCUGCCACAAAUGUCGUUCUUCUGAUCCUUGACCAUUUAAAGAUAUGACCUCUGCUCAACACAGCCAGAAAUGGCCAUGGGCUGCAGUUUGCAACCCUGGCUCUGGACACAGCCCUGUCCUAUAUAGUCUGUGUCCCCGUUCUGUGGAUGCAGACAAGAUAUGGGUGGCCGCAGUCUUUCUGGGCCCACAGGGCCAGUCAGGGCAAGGUCUUGGUUGUCUGACCCCACAAAUUGCAUGCGUGGCAAGUGACAGGUAUCUUGAGCAAAUGAGGGCCUGGCCACUCUGGAUUGAAGCUGUAAUGGGGGCCCUGGACCCCUGGCUCUCAUGCCAUAGCAGGCGGGGCAGAGGAGGGCUGAGAGAAGCUGUCCCACCCAGACAGGCCUUGGCUGCCAACCAGGGUGUGACGCUGCACCUGGCCCCAGCUCUUGGCAGCCGUGGGAGCCCCACAUACAGCCCCGGGCCCAGCAGGUACCCUCAAGCCAGCUACCUCCAGAGCAUGAGGUCUGUGUACCACCGUCCUGCGUUAAAGGCAGUGACGUGGGAGAGACCUGUCCUCAGGCCACCGCACCACUGUGUGCAGGCACCCCUGCUGGCGGUGUCAACCACUGCAUCUGGGAAGCCCCCCACCUGGGCCAUGCGCCAGGUGUCUGUUCACCAUCUCCCCAUCUCCUCCUGGACUCCACUCCUCUGUCCCCUCACUGGGAGCUGAAGAAGGACACCACCAGGAGUGUCAACAGAUGGGGUGGGCCAGACAGCCCCUCACCCCAGACCAUGUUUGAGUCCUGGGAAAGGGGAGUUAGUACAGGUUCCAGGGCUGUGUCCUGACACGUCCUCACUGAUACUCUGGGGGCAUGUGGUUUCUGUCCCCACAUUGGCUCAGUGAAGGUUCCAUUUCUCUUUAGUUAAAUGUUCCCUGCUUCCACUCUCCUGUGACAGAGGCUCAUAGCACGGCCUCUUCCAGCUAAGGGAUCCUCUGAAGAGCAGACAUUCGGCCCCACCUCCCCUCAAGGGCCAGGUGGUUGAUGUGUGGGUGGAAGGGGGCCCUGGGAGGAGGAGCAGCCGCUGGGCUGUGGCUGUCCCCCCACCUCGUCAUCCCACUAGGUGCACUUGCCAUGCUGGGACACCCCUCAGGCACCGCAGCCUCCUUCACGUGAAUCAUGUGUGUCUCUCUCUUCUUUCCAUUCUCUUUCUCUCUCUCUGUUUAUUUCUGUCGCUGUCAUCUUCACUUUGACCAGACCGGCCCCCCCGUCUCCAACGCAGCCUCUGCCCUCCGCACACCCUGCACACCGGCCAGAUGUGACAGGUGGGCGGGGCCAUGGGGAGCUCCGCCUCCUCACUGGCCACCGAAACUGAGUCAGACCAUGGCUUCCCCGUGGGGGUGCCCUACCCGGGACCCCCAGCAGCAGCCAGCUGGUGCAGGAGUGCCCCUGGGGGGCCUGUCUGGGAACGUGCCUUGGUCACCCAGCAGCACGUGCCUCUGCAGCCCCGGGCCCAAAGCCACACGCAUUCGCCCGGGUCUAUGGCCGCAGUCCGGGAGUGGUCUUGCACCCGCUGCACCUUUCUGAACCCAGCUGGUCAGCGCCAGUGUGCCAUCUGCGAGGCCCCCCGGCAAAAGCCCGACCUCGACCAGAUACUGAGGCUCAGCGUGGAGGAGCAGAAAUGGCCCUGCCCCCGCUGCACCUUCCGGAACUUCCUGGGCAAGGAGGCCUGUGAGGUGUGCGGCUUUGCCCCUGACCCCGCACCCGGGGCCCCUCUGGCCCCAAUUAUCAAUGGGGCCCUGCCCACAACUCCUGCCGUACUGGCAGAGCCCAGGGGCAGUUGCCAGAAGGAAACAGGGCCUGUGCAGACAGCAGGGCGGGCAGCUGUGGAACCAGCUGGGUGGUGCCCUAAGGAGGUGGUUACAGAGCCGGGGGCCUGGGCCUGCCCACGUUGCACACUGCACAACACACCUGUGGCCAGCUCUUGCUCCGCCUGUGGGGGCCCCCGCAGACUUUCGCUGCCCAGGAUCCCACCUGAAGCCCUAGUGGUGCCUGAGGUCGUGGCCCCUGCCAGGUUCCAUGCCGGGCUUACCCCGCCCCCACCAGGUCUGCCUGGGGACAGCACCGAGGCUACCCCUGUCUCUGCCAGCCAGGGUGUGCCCACAGCCAACCAGGAGCCCCAACGCAUGGCACCCUUUAGCCCCUUCUCGCCACCCCUGCAGAACAACCCUGUACCCCGAAGCCGCCGGGAGGUGCCCCCCCAGCUGCAGCCACCAGUGCCUGAGGCUGCUCAGCCCUCACCUAGUCCCAAGGUCCCCCAGGGCCUGGGGUGGGCAGCAGCUGGGGCCCCCCGCCAGGCUGAGCUGCUAUCUGACCAGCGACUGAGUGUGCUGGAGGCGAUGGAGAGUGGCCCAGCCCGUGGUGAGGACUGUGGCCCUGUGCUGGGCAACGACAUCAUCAACCUGGCCAGCGACUCUGUGCGCUUCACGCCUGCCAGCCCCUCCAGCCCCGACUUCACCACCUGGUCGUGUGCCCAGUGUACGCUCCACAACCCCACAGCGGCUGCCCGUUGCUCGGCCUGUGGCUGCUCCAAGCUACACGGCUUCCAGGAGCACGGUGAGGCCCCUGCCCGCUGCCCUGACUGCAGCACUGACAGGCUCGGGCCCUGCAGCAGUGGCAGCUGCAGCCAGGCCCCCUCAGCCCACAAGGCCACCUGUCUCCUGCCUGCUGCACCUCCCGAGCACCGGGCCCAGUGGGCCUGCCCUGCCUGCACCCUGCUCAAUGCUGCACGUGCCCGGCACUGUGCCGCCUGCCACACACCACAGCUGUUAGAGGCCCAGCGCCAGGGGGCCACGCCCCUGAGACGCCGAGAGAGCGUGCUGGUGGAGAAGCGGCGGCUGACGGAUGAGGGCGAGGCCAAGGCGCUAUGGGAACACAUCGUGGCCUUCUGCCGGGAGAAUGGCGUGAACUUCGUGGACGACAGCUUCCCACCCGGGCCCGCAUCUGUGGGCUUCCCUGAGGGGGAUGGCGUCCAGCAGCGUGUGCGGCAAUGGCUGCGGCCCCACGAGAUUAACUGCUCCGUCUUCAAGGACCCCUCCCCUGUGCAGUGGUCCGUGUUCUGCAGGCUCCGGCCCUCGGACAUCCUGCAGGGGCUCCUGGGGAACUGCUGGUUCCUGAGCGCCCUGGCGGUGUUGGCGGAGCGGCCCGACCUCGUGGAGCGGGUCAUGGUCACACGAGAUCUGUGCCCCGAGGGUGCCUACCAGGUGCGGCUGUGCAAAGAUGGCACGUGGACCACGGUGCUGGUGGACGACAUGCUGCCCUGUGAUGAGGGUGGCUACCUGCUCUUCUCACAGGCCCAGCGGAAGCAGCUGUGGGUAGCACUCAUCGAGAAGGCACUGGCCAAGCUGCACGGCUCCUACUUUGCACUGCAGGCCGGCCGUGCCAUCGAGGGCCUGGCCACGCUCACUGGGGCCCCCUGUGAGAGCCUCCUGCUGCAGGUCAGCUCCACCAACCCCCGCGAGGAACCCGUGGACACCGACCUCAUCUGGGCCAAGAUGCUGAGCUCCAAGGAGGCGGGGUUUCUCAUGGGCGCCUCCUGUGGUGGAGGCAACAUGAAGGUGGAUGAUGCAGCCUAUGAGAGCCUGGGCCUGCGCCCACGCCACGCCUACUCCAUCCUGGAUGUCCGUGAGGUGCAGGGCUCCAGGCUCCUGCGGCUCCGGAACCCGUGGGGCCGCUUUUCCUGGAAUGGCAGCUGGUCUGAUGAGUGGCCACACUGGCCAGGGCACCUGCGUGGUGAGCUCGUGCCCCUCAGCAGUGGCGAGGGUGUCUUCUGGAUGGAGUAUAGUGACUUCAUCAGAUACUUUGACUCAGUGGACAUCUGCAAGGCACGCUCAGACUGGCAGGAGGUGCGGGUGCAGGGCUGCUUCCCCCGCUCAGCCAGCAGGCCUGUGGGCGUCACCACACUGACUGUGCUUGAGAGGACCUCGCUGGACUUCGCCCUCUUCCAGGAGGGCAGCAGGCGCUCAGACGCAGGGGACAGCCACCUGCUGGACCUGUGCAUCCUGGUGUUCCGGGCCAACUUUGGCCGUGGUGGCCGCCUGUGCCUGGGCCGCCUCCUGGCCCACAGCAAGCGGGCGGUCAAGAAGUUCGUCAACUGUGAUGUGAUGCUAGAGCCGGGCGAGUACGCAGUCGUGUGCUGUGCCUUCAACCACUGGGGCACGAGCCCCACGGCCACACAGGCCCCUAGCUCCAUGUCAGGGAGCCUGCGCUACACUCCAGAGCCACCCGGCCAUGUGUUGGCCGUCUACAGCUCAAGGCUGGUGAUGGUAGAGCCGGUAGAGGCCCAGCCGACCACGCUUGCUGACGCCAUCAUCCUGCUGACUGAGAGCCAGGGCGAGCGGCAUGAGCAGGGCCGCGAGGGCAUGACCUGCUACUACCUGACACAUGGCUGGGCGGGGCUCAUCGUGGUGGUUGAGAACCGACACCCGAGGUCCUACCUGCACGUGCAGUGUGACUGCACCGACAGCUUCAACGUCGUGUCCACGCGUGGCAGCCUGCGCACCCAUGACAGCGUGCCACCUCUGCACAGGCAGGUCUUGGUGAUCCUGUCCCAACUGGAAGGCAAUGCCGGCUUCUCCAUCACACACCGCCUGGCACACCGCAAGGCAGCCCAGGCCUUCCUCAAUGACUGGACAGCCACCAAGGGCACCCACAGCCCCCCACUCACACCCGAGGUCGCCGGCCUGCAUGGGCCCAGGCCACUGUGACCCCCUCGGCCUGCCGCCAGACAGGGCUGUGCCUGCCUGCCCACCUGCACGCACUUUAGUAGAGAGACCCAGGCCGAGGACACUGGGAUGAAUCUCAGGACCUCUGGGGAGCUGGGAGCCCCUCCCCACCCCCCCACCCCCCCACCC